CUGUGUGACUCCUCGCCUGCUAUGGGACAGCCUGUGUUUGGACUGGACGUCAGACUUCAGUGCGUUUCAGCAAACGUUCAGAAAGGGAGAGCUCAGCAGUCGACAUGGCCUUUCCCAAGCAUUCCAUCCUACAGGCUCUGAGUGUGCUGCUCUUGGCCUCGGUGUUGGUGCGUUGCCAGGCCCCUCUUGAACCAGAGGAAGAGGAAGAGGAAGAGACAAUAAAUGAGGCCGACAUCACAAUAGCACCGACGAAAACCGACCUAAUCGAAUGUCCGACGGACUGCAGCUGCACGACAGAGGGGGCAGUGGACUGUGCUGGGGUCGACCUCGUCGAGUUCCCCAGCAAGUUGUCCGACCAAACCCGCCAGCUCUCUCUGCAGAACAACAAAAUCGAAGAGAUAACAGUGGAGCACAUUUCCCAUCUGCAUCAACUUGAGACUCUCAACCUUCAGAACAACUGGCUCACCACAGAUGGCCUUGAAGAUGAAGGUUUUGAAGUGCUUGAACAGCUGGCUUAUUUAUACUUGGCAAAUAACAAGCUUGCCUCAGCACCAAAGGUUCUACCACCGUCUUUGGUCAGCGCCGACUUCGCUGCUAAUCAGCUUACGAGGAUCUUUCCGUAUACGUUUGGCCAAAAACCAAAACUGAAGUCUGUGUAUCUCCACAACAACAAGCUAAGUGAUGCAGGGCUUCCUGAUGACAUGUUCAAUGGUUCCAUCUCCCUGGAGAUUCUCACCUUGUCCAGCAACUUCCUGCGGGUUGUCCCCAGUAGUCUCCCCACCUCCCUUUACCGUCUUCAUUUGAAGACUAACAAGCUGGAGAAAAUCCCAGCAGGGGCCUUUGACCGCUUGCGAAACCUCCGAGAGCUGUAUCUACAGAACAACCUUCUCAGCAAUGAAGGCAUGGACAACGAGACUUUCAGCCAACUUAGCAGCCUGGAGUGUCUGGACUUAUCCAAUAACAACUUGAGCGUUGUCCCUACGGGUCUGCCUCGCAAUCUAGUGCUGCUACACCUGGAGAAGAACUCCAUCCGCAGCAUCCCUGGGGAUGCUCUAACUUCUGUUCGAAACCUUGAGUACCUGCUCCUCCACAAUAACCAGCUCCGCUCACGUUCCAUCCACCCGGCUGCCUUUCAGGGUUUGAAGAAGCUGCACACUCUCCACAUGUACAACAACUUGCUGGAAAGGGUUCCCAGGGGUCUCCCUCGGCGGGCAAAGACUCUAAUGCUGCUCCACAACUCCAUUUCUGAAAUUGGCCGCAAUGACCUGAUCCAUCUGUACACCCUGACGGAGCUCAACCUCAGCUACAACCGGCUGACCAGCCCCAAGGUACAUCGCGAGGCAUUCAGGAAGCUGCGUUUGCUGGAAACCCUUGACCUGUCAGGGAACAACUUUCUCUCGAUGCCCUUCGGUCUUCCUCGCAGCCUACAGGUGCUGGAAAUCAAAAACAACCAGCUGGACACCAUACCAGACCGGGCGCUGACAGGCAUGGAGAAGCUCCGAAAGCUUGUCCUAAGUGAUAAUGAACUGAAACUGAACUCUAUUUACCAGGGAGCCUGGAUGGAGCUAAGUGCGCUCACAACGCUAGACCUGUCUGCCAACCAGCUGUCGCACAUACCCUCCGACCUGCCUGAAUCUCUGGAGUACCUUUACCUGCAAAGUAACCGCAUUUCCAGUGUCCCUGCUUCAGCGUUUGAAGGCACUCCGAACAUCAAAGGCAUCUUCCUCCGGCAUAACCGCCUGGCUGUGGACUCUGUGGACGAGAGCUCUUUGGCACACCUGUCCAACUUGCAAGUUCUGGACAUCGGAAAUGGAAACUCUGAACUCCCCUUUAAAAGAGAUGAGAUGGAGGAUGAGCUGGAAACAUAAGACACACUCAGUUGAACUGACAUUGGACUGCAUUGUGUCAAGGACAGAAAUGGCUUUUAAAUGGGAAUGAAACUGCGAAUGUCAUUUCCCAGGCCCAUUAUUGUGAGUGGCAGAGUCACAUAUUUCUGGUGCAGGAUACCGGAUGAAGUUACUUUAGUUUCCUUUUUGUGGGCUGGUUAGAAUUGCAUAUCUUUAUAUCUGAGCUUUAAUAUUUGUUUAUGACUGUUGAUAUAUAAUGUCUGUUUCUGCUUUAUUCUACAAUAUGCAUUCACAAAACUCAAUGUGAAUUUUUCCAUGUAAAUGUUUCAGAAUUAAUGCCAAAAAUGUAAGCAGAGUGAAAAAGAACAGAUGUUCACACUGUGUGUGUCUUUCUCUGCUUUAUGUCAUUUUGUUAUUACUACCUUCUCCACCUGCCUUAAAUAAGUGAUUUUACUACAAAUACUGUGAAAGAAUUUGUGUUUAUAACACCAAAGGUAGUAAUACAAGCAAUCUUACCCCCAUUGAAACAAAAAAAAAAAAAGCAUUUUUUUAUAGGUUUGGCCAUCAGUUCAGAUCAGUUAUGAUAUUAGUGUAUGCACCAAAGUUAUUCCUGACAUCUGGGAACACAGCAACAUCUCUACAACACAAACUGAUGAGGCAAGAAAUAUUAAUCUCAGUUUAUGGGCAGACUUUCUGAUUGAACUUUGGCUUUCUGGUGGCUCUGCACAAUUUUCCUUUGAAAUUAAAGAUCAUUACCAACAUAUUGGGUGUGUUGAAGUUUAGUUGUAUGUCCAUAUUGAAAUUACAUUAGUGGUAGAUUACUGUUGGGGCUUUUUACAAGCUCUCUGAGUGUUUCAACACCACUCAAAUAUUUUAGAAGGUAUUAAAAUAAAAAGUGACAUGAGUCAACAUGCAGCCUGUGAGUUGUUGUAAUGACAGCAAUAAUCUUGGAAAGCAGUGACUUACCUACAGUAUGGAUCAAUGUGGAUAUCAUUAUUUUUUUAUGUUAUUCAUUUGACAUAUGCUUGUGAAUGAAAUACUCCAAACAUAAAAGCAAAUUCAACAUAUUCAAUCCUGCUGCUGCUGCUAUUACAGUCCAUUCCUGUUUUAUAAAAAAAGAUAGCAAAUAUUUGUAUAUGACAUUGAAAAUACUCAUCCUAUUACACUCACUAUAUUGCUAUGAAUACAGUGUCACUUUCACAUACAGCAGUAUUGUAUUGUCACAUAUACAGUCAUCAAACACAGCAAUAAAUUAUUUGA